AUGCCACGUCGGCUCGUGGUGACCGACGCGUCCAUGAUUUCCGGACAAGUGGUCGCGAAUUUUUGCAAGAGCGUCGGCGUCGGAGUCGGCGAGCCGUUGGAUUCCGCGAUCCAGUCGACAGCCGUCGUGACGAACGCCAAGCACGUUGGUUCCACGAAGCUUCCUGCCAUCGCCUCCGGAUCCCUCGAGUCCGUUCUUUCCAUUGCGGAGCGGCCAGGUCAUCAUGAUGCCACGUGUCUUGCUGAGCUGGCACGCGUGCUGCAGCCCAAUGGCACGCUGCUGCUACAGGAGCCCGUGGCUGCCAGAUCAGCAGCUGCUGUGGAGCUGGAGCGUCUGCCUUCGUCGCUCUCCGGUUCGCCCCUGCCCAAUCAAGCUGCGCUGGAGAGGACGCUCCUCCUAUCAGGCUUCGCCACGUGGCAGGCCGUGAGCCCUGUUGCCGGCGUGGGUUUGGCCCCGGAGUUCACAGGGAUCACCCCCGCUGCCAUCGGAUCAACCCAAGGGCCCCUUCUCGUCCCUGUCACGCUCAAGGCACAGAAACCAGCGUGGCAAACCGGCUCCUCCUUUUCCCUCAAGAAAAAAAACUCCUCCUCCCAAACCGCUGCUGCUGCUGCUGCGCCGGCAGCAGCGCCUGCCACGUCAGCAGGGGUGGCGCUCCCGGCUCCCGCCACGUGGCGCGUUGCUACUGGCGGAGCGGGCGGGGAGGAGGAUGAGCUGGUGGACGAGGACUCGCUGCUCACAGCAGAGGACUUGGUGGCGCCUGCGCCUCCUCCUGCCAGUGCUGCUGCAGGUUGUGGGACCGCCAAGACGGCCAGGAAGGCGUGUGCGAACUGCACGUGCGGGCGGGCAGAGAUGGAGGCAGCAGAAGAAGCGGGAGGAGCAGAGGGCGCGCAGGGAAAGAGCAAGCUGACUCUCGAUCAGAUCGCAAACCCUGAGUCAGCGUGUGGCAGUUGUGGGCUAGGAGACGCCUUUCGCUGUGCUGGCUGCCCUUACCGCGGGCUACCCCCCUUCAGGCUUGGAGAGAAGAUCUCCCUGGGUAAGGAUCUCCUCUCUGCUGAUGUGUAA